AUGGUAAUAACAAGCCAUUUCAUUGAUGCUUCAUGGCAGCUCAAGAAGCUUAUUCUCGGCUUCAAGUACGUGAUAGAUCACAAAGGUCAGACCAUCUCUAAUGUCCUCUUAGAGUGUCUAGCUGAGUGGGGAAUCGAGAGAGUCUUCUGCAUCACAGUAGAUAAUGCUACGGCUAAUACCUCUGCCAUUAGGAGAUUUCAUUCGCAGUUUAGAGAGGUUGACCCUGAUGCUCUAGUGUUAGACGGUAAUUUCUUGCACAUGAGAUGCUCUGCGGAUAUCAUUAAUCUGAUUGCUAAGGAGGGAUUGGCUGAGGUGGGAGAGAAUGUGUUAGCCAUUAGGAAUGCAAUUCAGUAUGUUCGUUCAUCCACACCUAGGCUGAAUGCGUUUGAUCUGAGAGUCACUAGUGGGAGAAUGAGCCGCGGUAGUUUGCCAAUGGAUAUCAAGACCAGAUGGAACUCAACCUUCCUCAUGCUGUCUAGAGCCCUACAAUUUAGAGCUGCAUUUGAUAGGAUGGAAGCUGAGGAUCGGCUCUAUAAUGAUUACUUCCUGGAGAUGGAUAAUGGUGUUAUGAGGUGUGGACCACCUACUUCGAGAGACUGGAGUGUUGUGGACAAGCUGAAGAGAUUUCUGGUAAUCUUCUACAACAGCACGUUGGUCGUCUCUGCCUCCUCUAAGGUGAACUCGUACAAGUGCUAUGGUGAGAUAGUCACCAUAGAGAGAAAUCUCACUGCGCUGGCCAACAGUUUUGAUCCGGAGCUGAAGGUUAAAGCAUCAGAGAUGUUGCAUAAGUUUCUGAAGUACUGGGAGGGUAUCAAGGGGGUCAACAAGAUGCUGAUCUUAGCCACAAUUUUUGAUCCCAGGAAGAAGAUGCAAUUCGCGAAGCUUUGCUUUGAGAAGUUGUAUGAGAAAGACAGCUUGGAGUCGAAGGAAAUGGUGCAGUUCGUUGGUGAUAUUCUCAAGUGCAUGUUCAUGGAGUACAACACUCGUUUCAGAGGGUCAACUGGACAGUCCUCUCAGUCCAAUCAAGCACCAUCUUUUCAGCCGAGUCAAGAGUCUCAAGAUCAGGAGACAGAUAGAUAG